CACCACGAGCGCAGCCCGUCCCUAUUCUUGUUAAAUCUGCGGUAUGUUCGCCGUCGCUAUGGGCGGAAAAUGCUGUCCAUGUCGUAAAACAGUGGUAUCGUAGCUAAGUAAAUAACUGCGCAGAUUUAUAACCACUGGUACGUCCAAAUUUACUAAGGCAAUGGCAGCAUCUUCCUCUUCCUCGUCUGCGGGAGGCGUGAGCGGCAGCUCGGUAACUGGCUCUGGAUUCAGUGCGUCAGAGCUCAUCCCUCCCAGGAAAGUUCUCUACACAUAUCCUAAGGGUGCUGGUGAAAUGAUGGAAGAUGGCUCUGACAGAUUCUUAUGCGAGUCCGUAUUCAGUUUCCAAGUUGCGUCAACACUGAAACAGGUCAAAAUCGAUCAACAGGUAUCACGAAUGGAGAAACUUGCGAGUUUGGUGGAGGAGCUGGAAGCAGAUGAGUGGCGGUACAAACCCAUAGAACAGUUACUGGGAUUUACACCAUCUUAAGAAUAAGAAAUCCAGAGGUGCCUUUGGUUCGAGUGUCCGUCGGUGAAAUGUAUAAGAAGAAAAGAGUUUAUUUCAGUUCAUAGCUUAUUCUGCAUUCAGUGUGAAAUACGAUAUGAACACAGUGAAUGUGAUUGUAAUGUAAUUGUAAUGUUCUAUCGGUUUCACAAACUAGUUUUCUUUUCUUUUGUUCAGCACAUUUUUUUUUAUGUUUGAUUUUAAACAUUAUGCAAAUAAAGCCUUGUCGCAAAAUGUUACAUGCUGUUAGGAAAAUAAAAUCAGUUUGUCCAACA